AUGGGGUUCGCAUCCAAAAUCGCAGCCAGUCAAAGCGGCGGAGGGGUCUACUCUGGAGCUCCUCCAGCUGGCUACACGGGCGGCCCUCCCCCAGCACAAGGCGGAUCUCAGUAUCCCGGCCAACAGCAGUAUCAGGCAUAUCAACCCCCUCAGCCACAAGGACAACAGCAGCAGCAGCAGACCCCAGGCGGCCCGGCGCCCUACCCUACGUCAUCCCCGCAACCACCCUAUCCCGCGUACAGUCCUGCUCCUGCUGGUCAGCAACAGCCUCCUCCUUCUACCAACCCAGGAUACCCUCCUCAGCAGUCACAAUAUAGCCAGCAGCCACAGCAGGUUGGUUAUUCCAGACCUCCUGCGCCUCUGCCGCAGUACGGUGGUGGUGCCCCGCAGCAGUCAUAUGGUCAACCCCCCCCGGGACAGCAAUCUUAUGCACCUAAUUACAAUGCCGGCGGCUCCUACGGUGCUUAUCCUCCCCAGGGACAACAAGGACAUCAACAAGGGCCUCCUCCACCGGGGCCUCCAGGACAGUAUGGCGCACCUCCACAAGGCGGCGCACCUUACGGUGGAGGCUAUGGCGGCGCUCCUGCUCCCUCCGGUCCUGGUCGUCAGGCUACACCCCAAGAAUUAUCAACAUACAGAAAUCUCUUGGUUGCAACAAUUCAAGAGCGAAAUAUACAGUCUUUCUACCCCCCCGAUAAACUCGAGCGUGUCCUGCAAGGCCUCCAUAAUGCGCCCGACCGUAUUCAGCAGCUCAUGCGCGAGUGGAAUGUAGGCCAGGAAGUCGCAAUGGAUGUCAUCAAACUGGCCUUGUUCGAUACUGUCAUUUAUGUCGAUGACAGCGGUUCCAUUCAAUUCGAGGAGGAGGGUAGUCGAUUAACUCAGUUGCGACAGAUUCUCGGCCUCAUCUCUACCGCCGCGUCCAAAUUCGACCAAGACGGAGUAACUAUUCGGUUCAUGAACUCUGACGAGCGUGGCGACAAUAUUCGCAGCCGCGAAGAUGCCGAAGCUCUUGUAUCGCGUGUUCGUUUCUCCGGCCUUACCCCCAUGGGUACCAGCUUGAAGAAUAAGGUCUUAGAUCCCUUGGUUGCUGGUCCUGCCCGAUCUGGUCGCCUUGAGAAGCCCGUACUUGUCAUCACAAUCACCGACGGACAGCCCGCUGGUGAACCUCACGGUGCCGUCAAAGAUGCUAUUCGCUCUGUUACGGACGAACUGGCUCGCACUCGCUAUGGUCGUGGUGGUGUGAGUUUCCAAUUUGCCCAGGUCGGCACGGAUUUGCACGCACGCCAGUUCUUGUCUAAGCUUGAUGAAGACCCCAGCCUGGGUAAUCUGAUUGAUUGCACCUCUAGCUUUGAGGUUGAACAAGAUGAAAUGUCACGAGCCAAUCCUCCUGUUAACCUUACACGAGAACUCUGGGUCGCAAAAGUCAUGCUUGGAGCAAUUGACGCUUCUUAUGAUACCAAAGACGAAAAAUCACAGGCUCCUCCCCCUCCAGCAGGAGGCUACGGCGGCGGUUAUGGCCAAGCACCACAGUACGGACAGCCCCAGGGUGGCUAUCCACCACAACAAGGAUACGGUGGUCAGCAAGGCUAUGGCCAACCCCCACAACAGGGCUAUGGCCAACCUCCCCAGCAACAAGGAUACGGCCAGCCUCCCCAGCAGCAGUACGGUGGAUACAAUUCUCCUCCACCCGGUCAGGGUGGACCAUACGGCCAGCCUGGAUAUCCCCCUCAGCAGGGCUAUGGCGCGCCACCUCCUCGUCGUUACUAG